AUGCCCCGCGGCGGCGCCUCGUUCCUUAACAGACCCUCCUCCUUACGGCGCAUUGCUGCCAUCAUGGGUCAAGCGCUGUCCGCGCAACCAAUACACGAGGAGCCGCAGCCGCAGCCGCAGCUUUGGCCUAUCUGCCUCUCCCCCUCGGAUCUUUUUUCCAACAACCCCCACCACUUCGGCCCCUACACGCCCGCCAAUGGCGGCCUUAUCCGCGCGCGCCAAAUCAUGGCGCAACUUCCGCCAGGAGACGCGCUCCCGGGGCUUCUUUCUAUUUUCCUCGACCGCCUUUCCUCCCCGUCUCUCUCCCCGUCCUCCGAGUUUUCCGCCUAUUCUCCCCGCUUGGCGCAAGCCUCCGCCCCCGUUUCUUCCGCCUCCUCGUCUUCCUCCUCCGCAUCUUCCGCUUCUUCCUCCUUCUUCGUCUCCUCCCCUUCCCCGCGCACGCGCGCUCUCCCCCCGCCUUACUUCCCCCUCGUGCAACCGCAGCCGCUGACCCCGCGCUCGCGCUCGCUGCUGCUCCCCUUGGGCGGGGCAGAUGACGUCAUCCGCGCGGGCCUUCUGGACGUGCAGGCGCGCGCGGAAGCGGAGUAUCAGCGCCUGGUAGAACGGAUAGAGGAGGCGGCGGACCUCGGCGCGGAGCUCGGCGGGGGGGAUGGCGCGGAGCUUGGCGAGAGAAGCGGGAGCGGAGGCGGAGGGGGGGGCGGAGUCCGCGGAGGCUAUUUUAGCAGCGUGCGCUGCCCUGGCGGAGACGGGGUGUAUGGCAGGGGGGAGUAUGCCGGCGGCGCUGGCGGCAGCGCUGCAACGGCGGAGGGGCGCAACGCUACGCGGACGGAGAGCGGAGAGGCGGUGGAAAGCGGUGUUUAUGUGAACGUGGAGAGGAUGGAAGAGGCGCUUCUGGUGGGAAUGGCUUUUUGGAUGGAGUUUUGGGAACAAUGGGGGGAAGACCCGAGCUCAUCGCUAGAAGCGCCCAGGGCGCGGCGGAGAUCCCUGGAAUCUCCGCGCACAAUGCUCUGGCGCGGCGGAGAGGUUGCGCCAGGCAGGGGGAAAUGGGGCGCGGGCGCGGGCGGGGGGGGAGGCGCUGCGCCAAUGCCUGUGAUGGCGCUGACUAGGUCCGCGCAGGCGGAACGCGGUCCCCCCAAGGAGCGGAAGCAAGUGAGCAUUGUAUUGGCGGUAGGGGAUGGUGAGGGGGAAUGCGGAGAGGGGAAAGAUAAGGGAGAGAGAAGAGGGCAGGGGAGGGGGAAAAAGGGAGAGGAGGAAAAGGAGGGGGGUCCUGGGAAAGUGGAUCGCAGGAUGGCUGAAAAUGUGGAGGGGAAUGAAGGGAAGAGAGGGGAGGCUGAAGUAGAGAAGGCGGAGCAGGAGGGUGGGAGUGUUAUUGUGGCAGACCACAUUGUUGAAGCACCUGAGGCACCUGAAGCACCUGAGGCACCUGAAGCACCUGAAGCAUCUGGGGCAGCUGAAGCACCUGAAGCUCCUGAUGGCGUGGAUCCUUCAGGUGCGAUGCCAGCAGCAGCAGAAGCUCCAGCGUCCCCAGUCCUUCCUUCACCAGCCAUCCCUGUGACAGCAGCAGUCCCCCCUUCCCCAGUUCCCCCUUUCCCAGUUCCCCCUUCCCCAGUUCCCCCUUCCCCAAUCCCCCCUUCCCCAGUUCCCCCCUCCCCAGCCCCCCAAUCCUUAGCGCCUACCCCGGCCGCCGCUGGGGGGUGGUUCAGGGCGAGUCUGAGGGAGAGGGAGUACGAGCAGUGGCAGGAUCUGUGUCGGGCGGCAGGGCGGGCGUGGGAGGAGAGGGAGGAGGCCGUGCAAGCCCGGGGGUUUCUCAGCCAUAAGCGACGCGCCUCAGGUGUCUCUGCUGUUUCAGGUGCCUCAGGUGUUUCGGUGGCGUUAGGUGGUUCCUCUGCUACUGCUACUGCUGCUGCUGCUGCUGCCGCUGCUGCCGCUGCUGCUGCUGCUGCCUCUGCCGGUGCUGCUGCUGCUGGUGGUGCUGCUGCUGCUGGUGCUGCUGCCUCUGCCGGUGCUGCUGCUGGUGCUGCUGGCACCACCAAUGUCACUACAAGCGGUUCAGUUCCUCCACAGCGCCGAUCAUCCCUGCCCUCUCGCAGCUUGAAAGAAGGCAGGAGAAGGAGCGGCAAGGAGGCUUCUUCUGCUGUGCAAGGAGGAGAGGGUGGUGCAGGGGAGGCCUCUUCGAGCUGGUUCCCUGUAGGCUUUGGUGCUGAUAGCUUUCUCACCGCUGCACCAGCAGCAUCAACAGCUGCAACUACACCAGCAUUCAGCAGCAUGACUGGCCUUAGUCUCACGUCUCCUCUGACUGGCAUGGGAAGCAGCAGUUUCAGCACCAUGCCAUCCCCGUCCUCUUCGCUUCGGCCCCCUCGCAACCGCUCCCGAUCCGCUGCUUCAACCGUCGACAGCAGCAGCACGAGCAGCUUGAGCGCGGUCAGCCUGCUGCCCACUGUUGACGUUACCAGCGUGGCGGGCAGCAUGCUCCGGAGUUUUUCGGGCAGCUUGACGCUCUCGUCCCGCCCGAGCGAGGAUGGGUCGGUUUCGGGGAGGAGCUUGAGGAGCAAUGCGAGUGCGGUGGGGCAUGGGAGGAGGAGGUGGAGGUCAACCACUAGAAACGGGCUGCAGCAGAAAUUGGUGCAAGACGUGCUUUUACUGGAUGGGACUGAAACGGAUGUGCCGCCGAGCUAUGCUGACGUGGCAAGGAUGCUGGGGCUUGCGGGGUCGUUGGCCGACCGCCAGCCUGUCAGCAUGGCGCUGUGUAUUCUAAGGGUGCUGGACAUGGUCGGCCAGACUCGGCCUUUUGUGCGCGUGGAAGAGGGGAGUGAUGUGAGUGACUUGGGGAGUGAGGAUGAAGGGGAGGGGGAGGAAGAGGAGGAAGGGGCUGUGGGGGAGGAGGGUGAGGAGGGAGAGGAAGGGGCAGGGGCGAGAGGCCCAGAUGGGGAGUUUCGAGCGGAAGGUGGGCUGCAGCAGGAAGGGGAGUGUGUGUUGCGUUCCGAUGGGGUUAGGGAGGGUCUUCACAAUAACGAGUCCAGUCACCGUGCUUCAAUAGGAGCUGGAAACCAGGAACGUGGCCGAGAGAAGAGGGAAGCGAGUGCAGGAGCGGAAGAUGCACCAGCCGAACCAGAAACCCCUGCGAACGACCGCAGCAGCAGAACCAGGAACAGAAACAGGUUCGGGGACGGGAGGCACGGGGACGAGAGGUUCGGCGCGGGGAGGAGGGAGCUGGUGAACGUGGAGGAGGAGAUGGAGAGGUACGCAGUGGACAAGGCAUGCCGGCACUUUAUAGUCUCGUGCCUGCUGGACCUGCUUCAGCUGCACGCUCAUCACGCGUGUCGCCCCCAGCAGCCCUGCUUCAACCUCCCUCUCACUCCUGUCACGCCUGUGCCAACGGCACAGGGCGCUUCUGAGCAGGUGGUAUCCAAUCCGGUGGUUCCUGAGCAGGUCGUAUCUGAGCAGGUUGUAUCUGAGGCAGGAGCGCCUUACCGGCUGGGAGAGCUAGCAGAGUCCCUCCCGAGCCUGUGGCCUGAUGAUGUGGCGGAAGUGGCAGAGUAUUUAGAGGAGAUGGGGUGUGAGGAGGCGGGGUAUCGGGCGCGCGUGCGGGUGCUGGGCAGCGUGUAUGCUACUGAAGCGGACUGUAAAGAGGUCAUAAGGAGGACGGUGCGGCCGAGAGGGGUUGAGCCGGUGAGGCGGAGGAUUCAGAGAGUGGUGGGGGUGGCGGAGACAGCGCUAACCCAUGCGCCGACUGAGGCGUCGCGAUCGGCGUAUGUGAGGAGGUUCUGUGAUGCUCUAAUGGAUGAGUUGCUACAGCCUCCCAAACCAGCUGCCCGGCUUCCCAGCAUCCUUCCCGUAAUCCCGGACUCCGAAGCAGCCCCCAUCAUUCCUUGGGUGCGGGACCUAGCAGAGGCAUACCUGCGGCUGAGCCGGCACCUGUCGCUGGACUCAGAGGGCGUGCGGCAGCAGCACGAGCGGCACACCGACGUGUGCGCGUGUAUCAUCCUGAGGUGCCUCGUGGCGGAGGUGGCGAGAGAGAGGGAGGAGGCGAGGGUGGCGGCUGCUGCGGCGGCUUCUCCUGGGUCGAUUGAUACUGCUGGGACGCCUGAAGGGGCUGGUUUGACUGGUUCGGCUGCUGCGGCUGAAGCUGCUGAUGGUGGUGAUCCGGCUGUUGGUUUGCCGGGACAUUCAGUGGAGGCGGCGUUAUUGGGAGGGAGGGGAGGGGAGGAAAGCAGCAGCACAGACGCACAGCAGGAGACGCAGGAGAGGAGGGAGAGGGAGGAGAGGGAUGCGGCGAUGGCGGCGCUGCUGGUGCAUCUGGACAAGGCGCCGGGGGGCACGGGGUCACUGGCAUGGAAGGCCAUUGGUCGCAUGCUGGAGCGCAGGAACCCGACACACCCUGUGCUGCCUGCGGUCUGGGUGCGAGCUGUGCUGAAUACACACCUGGCUGUGAACGAGGAGGGAACGGGCACGGACGUUGAUGCUCUCGAGCUCUUUGACUGGUCACUCGAGUCUCUCCUCGUCACCCUCCCAGGGGGCCCCGAAGCUGCUGCAUCCCUCCUGAAGGUCAUCGACUCUGCCUCACAAUGGGAUUCCGCUGCAAGAUUUGAGAAUUCUACUUCACAAUGGGAGAGCUCUGCUGCUGUCGGAGGUUGCUCUGGCGCAGUGCGGCUGUCCAAUGCGACACGUGUCGACGUGCUACUGGCCAUUGCUGCACGCGUGGCGUGCACUAUAUACUGGCGCUGGCCCAGGAGGAGGGACGCGCCGAGAUUCGUGGCUCAAGUGCUGACCCUGGCGCAUGGCACAGUGGGUAUGACCCCGGAUCAACUGCAGCGGGCGCUCAAGAUUGGGGAGCGCCUGUGGGGAUGGACCAUGCCCAGCCCAGCCUCCCUGCAGCAGCGGUGUGAGACGCCAGAGGAGGCGCGGGAGAUCAGGGAAAGCUGCAUCAUCUCAGCAUGGUAUUCCACAUCGGCGUUCCGAGGGGAAGAGCCGAUAGAGCUCAUCGGCUCGCAAUGGCCCUACAGGUAG